AUGCCUGCAAUGACGCCAAGGGUCGCCGAGUUUGAAAAGGUUGAAAGAAGAACAGCUUAUGAAUUGGUGGAGAUCGGAGCGAAUCUCUUUCACGAGGCUUUCCAAGAUGAUUUCGAGGGAGUGUUGCGAAGAUCGAAACAAGCUGGUAUCACCAAAAUGAUGCUCACCGCUUGCUGUGAGAAGACGAGUCGAGAAGUGUGCGAGAUGGCUGAACGAGAGCCCGGAUUUCUAUAUUUCACUACAGGAUUCCACCCGUAUUACGUUAACAAUUUUCGGGGAACUGCUUCAAUUGAAACUUUUCGCGAAUACGCAAGUCAUCCGCAAUGUGUUGCAAUUGGAGAGUGUGGUUUGGAUUAUAGCUCUAUGAAUGAGAGUCCGAGAGAUGUUCAGUUUGAGGCUUUUCGACAGCAACUUGAGCUGGCAGUGGAGUUGAGAAAACCGCUGUUUCUUCAUGAAAGAGAUGCGUUCGAGGAUUUUGUCUCAAUUCUUUCAAAAUUCGAGGAUCAACUUCCACCAGCUGUUGUUCAUUGUUUCACAGGGACUGCAGAGGAGGCGGCAACCUAUCUCGAUAUGGGUUUCUAUAUAGGAGUUACAGGCUUUGUUGCCAACAAUAAACUGGGUAAAACAGUGCGGGACUUGCUGGCAAGUGAGGAGAUUCCCUUGGAGAGGCUAAUGAUCGAGACUGACGCACCAUAUCUAUAUCCAAGAGUGAACGAUCGAAAAUUCAAGCACAUCAAUUUUUCCAAGGAGGCCCUCGACUUGCAUAAGUAUUCAAGCCAUGGUCGUACCGAACCUUGCUCAUUAGCGGUCAUUUGUGAGCUCAUUGCUGGGUUGAUGCAAAGAGAUCCGAUAGAGGUUGCUCAAAUAACAACAGAGAAUGCAAAAAAAGUCUAUGGAUUGAUG